CUUGAAAAACGAGGAAAACUUCUCUCUAUUUCUAUUUGCCGCUGCUCUCUCUCCGUCUUAUCCCCUCCGGUGCCCGAAAAUUCAAAUCGCCAAGGAUGAGAGAAGAGAGAGCGGCUCUAACGUUUCGAAGCCUCCCAGAGCUGAAUUCAGCGCAGUGUAGUAGUCCGAGGAACGACAGCGGGGCUUUAUGGAAGAGCGCUCGGCUCAAUUGCAGUAUUCAAAGAGAUGGUGGCGGUGGCGGGAGGAGGAAUUCCGGCAAUUUCGCUUCCCUUACGAUGGUUGAGAAGGCUGAGAGGGCCGAAUUCGCCCCGUCCUCUGCGCAGCUAUUGAAACACCCGCUUGCUAUGCUGGCUUACGUCCCGCGAGGCGCCGCUAUUUUCAUGGCUGGUGCUGUCGCCGGAGCCGCCGCCAAGACGGUGACUGCCCCGCUUGAUCGAGUCAAGCUUCUCAUGCAGACACACGGUGUUCGGGUUGGGCAAGAAAGCGCUAAGAAGGCAAUUGGUUUUGUUGAGGCUCUAGCAUUGAUAGGAAAAGAAGAAGGAAUCAAAGGAUAUUGGAAGGGAAACCUCCCUCAGGUUAUUCGGAUCAUACCUUAUAGCGCCGUCCAGCUUUUCAGCUAUGAGUUUUACAAGAAACUUUUUAAAGGGAAAGAUGAUGAACUGUCUGUUAUUGGAAGACUUGCAGCAGGUGCUUGUGCAGGCAUGACUUCCACUUUUGUGACAUACCCUUUAGACGUGCUAAGGUUACGAUUAGCUGUCGAAACAGGGCACCGGACAAUGAGUGAGAUUGCUCUAAUUAUGCUGCGAGAGGAAGGAGUUGCAUCAUUUUACUAUGGUCUUGGGCCUUCACUUCUCGGCAUCGCUCCAUACAUUGCAGUAAACUUUUGCAUGUUUGACUUAGUGAAGAAAUCUUUGCCAGAGAAAUAUCAAAAUAAGGCUCAGUCAUCUGUAAUAACAGCUGUGGUGUCUGCUGCUGUUGCCACACUCACGUGUUAUCCCCUGGACACAGUGAGAAGACAGAUGCAAAUGCGGGGUGCACCUUAUAAAACGUUUUUUGAUGCCUUUCCAGGAAUCGUGGAACGAGAUGGAUUUAUCGGCUUGUACAGGGGGUUUCUGCCCAAUGCGUUGAAGAACCUACCGAACAGCAGCAUUAGGCUAUCCACGUUCGACAUAGUGAAACGCCUAAUCUCAGCCGGUGAGAAAGAGCUCCAGCAAAUAACGGACGAAAACCGUGCAAAACAGGGUUGAGCCGCGGCGGAUGUCAGUAGACGCCCAUGUAUAUCUUCACGGAAUUCGGGUUUUCAUGGUUGGCAAAAGGCAACCACGAGAGUAGCUUAAAGUGCAGGAAGAAACUAUAUAUGAUUUGGGCAGUCCGGUAGUAGUAGGUGAGAGCAUUCUUCAGUAGUAGUUUUGGUAUAUGUCAGUGCCUCCUGUAAUGUUAUCUUGUAGUGAAAUGAUCUCAUGUAGUGGUCAUGACCAUUCUUCGGCUUCCGGUGAUCGUCCUGGUGCCCUGUUUUUUUCGCAAGAACCCUUUGAUACCAUUUCCCUUCUAUUUAUAUCGAUAUUUCGUAUUAAUGUGUAUUGAGGGAGGGAGUGGGUUUUCUUCACGGCUUCCGGUGAUCGUCCUGGUGCCCUGUAUCCUUAAUGAAUCACACUCACUUUUAGCCCAGAUUUAUAAAGGGAAAUACUUUCCGGUUGGGACCUUCCUCACUGCCACGGCUCGCUUCCACCCAUCGUGGGGCUGACAAAGUAUACUCUAUGGUCGACAGUUAUUGGAGAUGGG